CGCUCUAAUUUGUCCUCCGCCUCCACCUCCCCACCCAUGUUUGCGGUCAGCGGAUGGAAUCUCGAGGCUGGGCCAACGACUCAAGUCGAUGAGUCGGUCAAAAAGAAGAAGCGCAGAUCAAAGUCCUCCAAGUCCGCAUCGAGCAGCAAUGCUACUCCAAUUGCGAACAAGAGAUUCCCAGCAAAGAAGCCCGAACUAGAAAAGGAGACCCCCAAGUCUAAAGGGGAAAAGCAGAUUGUGGUGACUUCGGAAAAUGUUCUCGUGUUAUACGAGAAGAUUAUUGAGGGAAAGAAGCCAGCUAAGAAGCAGAGGGAUCGGAAGAAGAGCAGGAAACCAGCAAAGACAGAUCCUUCGGAGGUAGCAGCAUUGACCGUGGCGAAGAAACGGAGCAAACCCCACGACGAGGAAGGCGGCGAGGGAUUGACUUCCAAGACUAUCGAAGGUGCAAAGGAAGGGAACUCGACACAAAAUGAUAGCCAGACCGUUCUCCUUAGAGAGAAGAAAGAGCCUCGGGGAGUGAUAAGGAACGCAAAUACAGUAUCUGCCACGGCUAAUACCGAAGCCCAGUCUGACUCGGCCGAUAAAACUCCUGGAUCGGCCCCCAUCUCUACCUUAACUCCCCUCCAACAGAAGAUGCGUCAGAAACUCUCUUCAGCCCGGUUCCGGCACAUCAAUGAAAUUCUCUAUACCACAUCGUCCAACUCCUCCCUCAGCCUAUUCCGCGAACAGCCCGAAAUGUACCAAGAAUACCACACGGGUUUCAGGCGGCAAGUCGAGGUCUGGCCCGAGAAUCCUGUUGACGUCUUCAUCAAGCAGCUACAGGAGCGAGGAAGGGUCAAAUUUGAGCGGGGCCAUAAUAAAAAAUGGAACUCUAAUGCUGGGAAGAACCUAUCCCCCCUCCCAAGAGACAAAGAGGAGGGGUGGUGUACGGUGGCUGAUCUUGGAUGCGGGGAUGCCAGAAUAGCAGCUACGAUCAACCACCAGAAGCCCUGGGGUAAAGCCAAAGUCAAAGUCCUUUCUUACGACCUCCAGGCUAGUAACCCAGACGUAACUGUCGCCGAUAUUUCACAUCUACCCUUAGAGCCAGAUUCGGUAGACGUGGCCAUCUUCUGCUUGGCACUUAUGGGCACAAAUUUCUUGGACUUUGUCGAGGAGGCAUAUCGGAUCCUGAGAUGGAGAGGUGAACUUUGGGUUGCCGAAAUCAAGUCCAGGUUCAACUGUCCUAGUGCAAAUGAGGUAGAGGAUGAUGCGGAGAUGGAGGGAGGGCUGAAAAAAGGGGCCGAGCCCUACAAACCAUUUGUGGAUGCACUUUCCAAGCGUGGCUUUGCUCUUAGGGGGACAGUAGAUGAUGGGAACAAGAUGUUUGUGAGGAUGGAAUUUGUGAAAAUGCAGGAAAAGGCAGAGAAGGACGGUGGAGGCGGUGAGAGCUGGGAGCCCAGGGUGAAGAAGAAGAAGUUGAAGUUUGUCGAGAAGGAUGAGGUUCGAGAAGACCAAAUUUUGAAGCCUUGCGUAUAUAAAUUAAGAUAGGAUGGUCGCCAUGAGAACCUAACGCUGGUUGCAUUGCAUUUGAUCUCGGCUGUUAGGAAGCAAACAUGUACAAAUAAUAGGAGCCUAUGAUGCAAACCCCAAUGGUGGGAAGUAAAUUACGUGGCUAUUAAACGAG